UUCGCGGGUUUCGCUCUGGCGCAAGCAAGCAAUGUAUCGCAUCCUGCGUGGGUUUGAAAAGCCGGAGGCCAUUGACGAUUUUUUUCAGAGAAUCACACCUUUCGAAGGGCCAGUUACUAGUCAAUGUUUUCGACGUCGACGAAGCAUCAGACGGUAACGAAAUCGUCGUUAAAGCAAAGUGCAUUUCGGAAGAAGUGAAGGACAGCGUGGUUUAUAACGUCCGGUUCGAGGUGUCCAAGUGCCCGUGAACAGUUUAUGUUGCGUCGUGUACUUGUAAAGCGGGAAUCGCGGGAAAAUGUAAGCACGCGGCAGCAGCUGCUACCUGAACAAGGAAGCAGACGCAACAUGUACGUGCAGCCACAAAAGAGGGGCAAGCCAAGCUCAAAGCCGCAGGCGUGACAUGACAAAGGGUAUCGCCGACUUAUUUCCGACUGAUGAAGCUACAGUCACCUCUGCUGCAUCGUUGAUCAUUUGCCAAUGAUCUUUCUCUACCGAAUGCUGCUGCUGUACCCUGCUGCAUCGUUGGCUAUUCUGUUAAUGGAUAUUGACGAGUAAGAAAAGCGAAACCCUAGUACAGUAUCUCAGGGGACAUGCCAGAGUGGGUGUAAGAUGGCAGACUCACUUCAGUGAAGAAAAACAAGGCUUCAACUGUACAAAACGGGGACACAACAGAUACAAGUGAUUCAAAGAAGAACCCUUUUCUGCCGUAACUGGAACGAAUGCGCACACACACGGAGGCGUAGGACAAGAGGUGCUGGCUUCACACUAAAGAAGAGUCUUGAGAUAUCCGUUCAUUCCAGUCGUCGUGUUGUCCAGCCCCUCGGAUUCGCGACUGUCACAAAUGGAGCUGACCCCAAAGUUCAGUAAUGGUGUCUCGAAUGUGAAAUUGGCAGCCCCAGAUGCCGCGUGCCUGCCAGAGCGGGGUCAGUUUCCGCUCCAGCAGCACUGCAGCGAGUCUGCAUUAGGAGGGGCAGCAGUUGGACUGUGCCACAUUAAAGAAGAACCUCGGGACGACUCUUGGAAUGAACAUCCGACGGUAGAAGUGAAAACGGAGCCUUAUGACACCGCAAUUUUUGCGGAAUGGGACCAUACAGAACACAGCCACGGCUCCACAUCAGAAGACGCAACAGCAAGCACUCUCACACUCCAUGUCAAGGAGGAACCCACGGACGUUUGUGAUCCAACGUUGCCGACGGGCCUGAAGUGCGACCUCGGUCCAGAUACGUUCUCCCAGUCCGUGAGUGCCAAGAACCAUAGUGUGGAGCACACCGGCGAGAUGCCCUACAGGUGUGGCUACUGUCCUGCAGCAUUCAGCCGCGAGGAAUCCUUCCGGCGACACGCAUGGACGCACGCAGGCGAGAAGCCUUACAAGUGCGAUAUUUGUUCCGCAGCGUUCAGCCGGAAUGCGCUGCUACGCAAGCACAGUCAGACACACUCUGCCAAGAAGCCCUACAAGUGCGGUCACUGUCCUGCAGCAUUCAGCCGUGAGGAGGACUUCCGGCUACACACGUGGACACACACCGGCGAGAAGCCGUACAAGUGCGAUAUUUGUUCCGCGGUCUUCAGCAGGAACUCGCUGCUACGUGAACACAGUCGGGCACACACGGGUGAGAGGCCGUACAAGUGCAAUCUUUGCCCGGAAGAGUUCACCCAGGCAAGGCACCUGCGACGUCACAAAUGGACACACGUGGGAGAGAAGCCACAGGAGAGGAACCUCGGUCCUCCCGUGCUACAGUCACAGGUCGGGCCAAGCUUGGCAACAGUUUGGCUGACCUAUAGCUCGCCUUUGUUAGCACCAUGCUGGCCAACCAGCUCGUUUCUUAGUACGGGUCUAUACACUGGCCAGUGAGUUGCCAAGCGUUGGUCAGCCUGCAUUGGGUGGCAAGCUUGGGCCAAGUUACAGACCUAAAGCAGUCCUGUGGCGUCACUCAUAUUCAUACUCAAUUGUCUUGCGGCGUGAGCUAACGAUUUAUCGUUCUUUGUUUGUUGCUCUAAUUUCCCACAACGGACAUUGGGCACAGCGUUUUAAAGCACAAAAAUUCCUCACAACUGAAGACGUGCGAAACAAUGGAGAGGGGGAAUCAAAGAGCUCGCCAGGUUCCCAAGACCAUUGGGACCAAACAGCUUACAAAGAAAAGCACGUGCGCAUGCACACACACACACAGGUGCCAUGCAACACAAGUGUGAUCUCUGUCCUGCAGAGUUCAGCCUUGGCAGACACCAUUCAUGCUUCCAUUUUGGGUCUCUUCCUUUUCUUGGUCUUUAUAAAGACUUGUCAAACUUUCUAACUAAAGAGUGUAUGCUUUAUGCAGACGACACAAAUUGAGGACUGUUUUGAGAGGCCAACAUUGUUCUGGAAAAACUAUCAUUAUGGUUGUCAUCAAAUAAAUAGGCCUAAAAUUUUUCUUAAUCUAAGUACCUUAUAUUCCAUCCCCAUCAGAAAUGUUUAAAUAUCGAUAACUUAAGUGUUUCCUUUUUAUCUCAAGAGCUGAUUCAACAAAUGCGCUUGCACGAAGGUCUUAGAUGGCGCAAACACGAUGCUGAUGCAUAAUGUAAAACCCCGAGACUAGGGAACACGAAAGGACAGACACAACACGAAGUCUCAAAAGAGACUUCUAUAUGAACUAAAGGGCACAGACUGACCGGUGCACGAUGAUGAAAGAAUGAAUAGCCGAGAGACACCGAAGACGCAGACAAGCAUGAAAAAGUUCUCAAAUACAGUAAUGGUUUAAUAACAGGAAGCCUCCUAAAUACCUUUCUCCCUUUCAUCCUCUCUAGCUCUCCUUCCCCUCCAGGAGGUGUUAGGUGUCUAGGAGGCUUCUUGUAAUCAAAGGAGCUUGGAAAGCACUUCAAUCACUACCAUUUUUUUAAACCAAGCGGUUCGUAUGCCUAUUAAAAUGCGCCAUGCGAAGUAAUUUCAUCAACAGAUGCACAAAUAUCGCAGAAAUUGAUUUUGAAAAUCGCGACCGUGUGCAACAGUGGCAAUGCCCGGUACGAGCCAUCAAGUCACUCGCGUCAUUUUGACGUCGGGAAAGUGAAAGUGCUGAUUGGUUUAGUGGAACGUCGUCUGCUAUUUUUCACUCUGAACCCUGCCGCAGAAGGGGUGGAAGAGGUUUCGUUUUGCUUUUUGUUUGAUUUAUCAGAUACAGUAAACAAACAUUGGUCUGCAGAUACCAUUCAAGGUUAGGCCGUGAGAUUGUGGAGGCGAUCCUCAUUGAACUCCCCGAGCAAAGUUAACCAAAAAUGGGUCAACCUGUCGCUUCACCUCGCUUUUUUCUCCCGCAACCUUCCGGACUAGGUGGACUAUGAAAAUAAACUUCAUGUGCCAGUUAAACGCUGUUCUGUCCAUGUCUGUGUUUUGUAUGGUGUUCGUUAUCGUGGUGACUUGUUGUUCUGUUGUUGGCGGCAAUAAAUAAAAACACAGUGCAGCACUAAGCGCAGCUUCAGUUCAUAGAACAUGAAUUUCAAAAACCAGGACCAGGAAUAUCGAGGUCCUUCCUUAUUCAUCACUUAACAGGGAGAAUGCAGGAAAAAAGAAAAGAAAGUAAGAAAAGAAAACCGGGCAGCACUGACCCAGAAAGAAGUGCCGUCGCCGCUUUCCACUUUUAUUACGUGACCGAUGACGUUUUUUCCUUCUCCUCCUCGUUCAACCCUGAAGGAGUCGAGCAGGAACGCGCGCUGCGAUGUUCAAGUGUUUUUUUUUUUCUAUGAAAAAUAUCGCAUACAGAGAAAAUUUUUGUGUUAAUCAUCAGGUUAAGUUACCUGCUUCCACAAAGCGUUCUGAACGGAAAAUUUUUGAGAUGGCUUUGUGAGUUCCUUUAAGCUAUUACUGUGUUUGAGAACUUUUUCGUGUUUAUCUGCAUACCCAGUGUCUCUCAGUUACCUUUCAUCUAUAUACGUCGUUCAGAGCUAGGCAUUUUCUUGCUAUACUUACCUUCCUACAAAUUUACAUCUGUUCAUUGAAUCACAUUUAGGUUACGCAUUACACGUGUGCGGGUUAACGUAUCGAGCUGCCCUUCAACCUCAACCGCUUCCAAUAGCACAGAGAAGAGCUCCGCGGAGCAUGCUAAGGAUUCUAACAGGCAAAAAAUGGGAGAAAUCUAGCACUCGCAAGUGAAUAAAAUAAGUAUGUAAAGAGAUUGAAACAUCUAUUUUACUGAAAAACAAGCUUUUCAAAAAAGAGAAUACAAAAGAAAGCGGUGUACAGUAUGAGCGUUACCGUAGGCUAAAAAACUGAUGAUCCUACUGUACAUCGCUUUCCUUUGUAUUUUCUUUUUCGUGCCCUCAGUCCUUUUUAAUGAGAAUUUGUAUUUCCUUCUCACCACCUUCUUUGUCCCCUUUCUCUGAUGUACAUUAGUAUAAAUAUCUCUACCAAGCGUUCAAUGCAUCGCACCUGAUGAAAGACGGACUCCGUCCGAAAGCUUGUUUUUCAGUAAAAUAAAUGUUUCAAUCUCUUUAAAUACCUAUUUCAUACUAAGGAUUCCUUCGUACAAACCACAUACUGUUUUAUCUGUUGUUGUUAAUGGACAUUUUCACUUUUGUAAGCGUAAGGUUUCCUUGCUUAUCCAUCGAUUAGUUUGUGCGGAACCAAGCGCCCUCUUAUACCGCGUGCGGAAAUCUCUCGAAUUUCGCCACGUUGGAGGCGCCACCGCGACCCGAGCGAUACACACGACUCUCGUGCACCAGUUCUGCUGCGAGUCAUGAAUGACACGUGCUGUUCCACUGUGUUACCAUAAUUUCAUGUGUAUUAGCAACGGCUUACGCGCAAUUUUUUUUUCCCACAGGCGCUCUGUGGCUUAUCUGAUGACUAUUUUUUUCUGUUAUUUCCUCCAUACACCAGUUUUAACAAAAGAGCCAACAGUGUCUCUGGAACAGCACUGCCCUGCCGAUGCACAAACAGUGCGUAACAUUCUACAUUCGAGUAAAUUGAUCUUCCUGGUGCAUUCCCCUAAGCAAGCUUUAAUGAAAGAGGUGAUAGUGAUUUAUGUCUUCUGAAGACCACUGACCCAUCAAUCCAUGAGAAGCUCCCAACAAGGGCACAACUGUUGGUAGAACUCUUGAGCUGACCCCGGAGUAUGGACCCCAGGGUUUAUGCCCUUCUCUAUGGUCUCCUUUGUCGCGCAAAUCAGUCAUCUCGUAUUGCCCGCGGCUUAUCUGCCAGAAAAUUUUCAAAACUUUCCUAGAAACACAUUCUGCGGCUUAUCUGCGGUGCGGCUUAUAUGCGUGAAAUUACGGUACAUACGUGGUGAGACGAGGCGUUUAGAGAGGAAUUCGAACCACGUGCGAGCGCUUCAAGUGCCUCCAUGCCGCAAGUGCUGCAUUGAAAGCAUUAGUGGGGCGCGGUAAUCGUUCCGCUGUCAUUGCACUCCUUUGUCAUCCCUCCCUAGGACAUAUUUAGGCAGUUCAGUACAGUUUGUGUGAGAACUACAGGGUUUGCCAAGCUAAACAUCGAAUCGGAGAACAAGGAGCAGUCUAAACAAGGACAACGACACAAGAAGACACACAAACAGAGGCUCCACUAUCAACAAGUUUUUACUGAACAACACAAGCACAUUUAUAACCAAUGGUAAGGACGGGAAAAGGGGGCAAAACGGAAGACACGUGGGGCCAUAUAAACACGAGGAACAAUCAGAUCUAACUACUCACUUCCAGCCUUCAGUCUGCAUUCCAAGAACCCAAACUCUUCCCUAGUUAGCGAUAUUGACGGCUCACUGACACAUUUAUCAGACCCAUACUUCAUUAUCAAAAAGGCCUCGAAAAUUUCUCUUUCAUUUUUGGAGUUAAAUCGUCCUCUAAUCUUUGUUCUCGGAAACUCCGGAGCGCAACCGCAGACCCUGACGUGUUCAUGCAAGGUACCCCCGCCUGUCUUAUUUACACAAUUCUUAUGCUCCAUUAAGCGUUCAUUUAGGCACCGGCCAGAUUGGCCCACAUAAACCUUAUCACACGAAAGUGGACAUCGAAGUUUGUAAAGAAGAUAAAACAAAUAAGAACAGUGUCGGGAAGCUAAAGUAGACGUUAGAGGACGUAUGACGGCCCAAAAAUUUUACGUCGGUACUGCCACUUGGCCCACUUCUCUGCGGAUAAAUCGUGAAAGUUAAAAAACCGCCGCUGCCUAACAUUUCCAAUCGGCUAUACCAUUGUUUCAGCUUCUUUCCGUCGGACGUCGAAACGGUUGAAUGCGGCAUUGCACAGUACGAGUCUACAUUCAGUUCCACUUGUUCACUUGGUUUUGAUGUCGUCUGCAACGCCGCGUACGACCGCAGAGGAACAGACGAAGUAGAAGUAUCGACAUAAAAUUUUUGGGCUUAAUACGCAGGGUGUCGAACCGAAACGUUGUUUCGUUCCGGUUUUCGUUCCGGUUACAUCAUAAACGAUCCGGUACUGGUUCUGCUCCGGAGCAAAAAAAUAACGGUUCAUACCGGUUUUUAACCGGUUCCGCUUCUGCUAGGAAUAUUCAUGCCCACAAAAAAAAAUCAAUGUUACAAAAUGUAAACCCUUAUAUUCCGCAUACAUGGUAUUUAAUAUGAAUAGACAGCUGUGAAAUUGGUAGCUCCUGGUUCCUGUAGGUUACUGUCUGUUCAAAUGGGCUUUCUCCUUUCUUGAAGCACAUGCUACAAACGGACUUGUUUGUCGUGAUGUCAUAAGUAAAGUACUUUCUUGCUGGAUUGGUGCGAUCGCGUCCCAUCCGAAUGUCUGUUGCUACUGUCUAGCCAGCAAGCACCACCGCACGAGAAGGACGCAAAUCGAGGAACACCUUCACUCACAAACGCGCUCGACGGCUUCGUUUUAUUUUCUUCGUGUCCUGUCCACAAAAGAGUUGCCACUUCGCACGGGCUUGCCCUCGCGUAUACGUAAAUGUAUUCAACUUAGCUGCUCUCCAACAAGGGACGCGUUGCGCAACAUUACCGAUAAAGAAGCAGUCAUGCAGCCCCCUUGGGGUCGCUGGAGUUGAGGAGAGUUUGCGGGGAUCGAAUUAAAACGAACACUACGGCACAUUGCUAGAGUGUCACAUGUACCUCUAAGUCUGUGUGCGUGCGCCAACGAUAAACCAUUACAAAGGGAGCCUAAGGGUCAUAGUAUACCGACAUACAUUCCACGGUAACCGUAACCCUCGUAUAGUAUCCAUGACAUUACUUCAGAGCACAAGACGUCUGUUUCACUCGCCUAUCCGUAGUCCAAACCGGCGAAGUUUUUUCUUGGAUCGAAAACCGUUAUAUAUAUUUUUCGGUUUCCCUCCUGAGCGAAAAAAACGUAUACGGUUUCGAUUCCGUUCCGGUUCGCACCAAAAUAGCGUUUUUUUUCGGUUUUCGGUUCCGGUUUUCGGUUCGCUCCGACACCCUGUUAAUACGUCCUCUAACAUUUACUUUAGCUUCCCGACACUGUUCUUAUUUGUUUUAUCUUCAUUGCAAACCCUGAAGUUUAUUUCGGCACACCUUGUAUGCAGCGGAAACAUAUCGAACAAAACUGACACUAUCGAUGGUCAGUUGCCGUUAAACUAUACAGCCGUUUCUUGUAUCGACGUACGUUAACAAUAGUUUUCCCUUGAGUGCUACGCGUGUAGGAGGUUUUCUGUCAUACUUCUGCUCAUUGAGUGUGAAGGAUAAUGGCACCACAAAUUCAUAAAGAAUCAGUCUUUCACGUGGCACGCAUGAGAUAUCAUAUCUUUGAAGUGCCGUGAACACACGUUUGCUCUCUCAAUGCUUAAAUCACCUUUUCUCUUGAUGGUCAGAAGCCAUUUCUGUGUCAGGAAAACUGUGGAGGGUGACUGUAAAAUGUAUAUUAUGUGACACGUUUGCCCAAGUAUGAAGUGUUCUCACACAAAAACUUCGCUUCACUUUUGAAGCACUCGUGCUUGGUUUGUGUUCCCUCUAGAACCAUUCCCUUCACCACAAAAAUAACAUAGUGGAACUGCACAUGUUUGAAGCACAGCGGACGGUAGAACCGUUGUACGACAGGUUUGUGUAAGGCUCCAACCGAGUUGGCACCCUCAAAGGUGGCGGAAACGGAAUUCCGAUAGGUUCAGGGUCACUUCAUUCCUUUUGAAACAGGGCAGUAUCCUAAGACUAGACAAAAAAAAAACUGUCUUGAAAAAGAGGGUUUAACGACAGCAUUGUUCGGGAGAUGUCGCUGGUUUUCGGGUUCCCUUUGUUGAUUCCAAUAUGUUUGACUUGGCUACCGGCUUGACCAUGGGCUUCAUGUCUUCAUGCCUUUUGUCCCUGUUUGGUUAUGAGUUCCGGUUUUGGAAUGUGCAGUCCGUAGGGGCUCUCCUCCUAGUUAAUGCAGUAACGUUCUUUGAGUAGGUUGACUCUGGCUAUCUGUUGUGUUGCUUUCUCCCAAGUUAGUAGAAGACGUUUCGUUUUCAGGAUGAUCUCCUCGCUGGUUGGUCUCCUUUGUACAAUUUCUCGGGGGCCAGAGCCAACUUGUUUGCUGCGUAAUUGCUCAUACUGUCCUUUUUCCUUACAGUUGAGUGCCAGAUAUCUUCUUUUAUGAGGUUCAUCUCCUUUCUUAUUUUCCUGUUCCAUUCAUACUCGUUUUUGGCCAGUUGCCUGUUGGUGUUCUUGCUGUAGAUUCGGUGAAUAUGAUUGAUUCUUUUUAUCCAUUUAGUGCGGACGUUUGUGUACCGGAGGUAGCGAAAUAUUUGUGUUAUAAGUGUCAUUGGGCCUGUGGGCUAGCCUACCUAGGUACCGGCUCUUUGAUCACGCUUCCCGGAACGGAUACGUUAACCGGCCCUGGAUAGCAGGACUUGGUAUAGCAAAGGAGCCAUGGAGAAUCUACCUCCCAAUCUCUUGUUGUUGUCGCUCCUGUCGUUUCAUUGUAUCAUUGGCAUACGUGGCAGCAGGCACUGCAAUUGCCUUCCAUAGGAAGUUUGCCGACGUUGUAUGCUUGGUAGGAGUGACGCGAUAGAUGCCAAAUUUGGCCCUUUUUUAUUAUUAUUAUUAUUCUGUGGAUGAUUUUUAGCUCGUGUUGGUGUAAGUAGUCCUUUCUGUUUUCGAUCAUUACUCCUACGUAGGGGUACGAAUCGGUGAACCCCAGCUCGAAAUUUUGGAAGUGAAAUGUUCGGUAGGUGAUGAAGCGAAUUUCAUUAUUUUUUAUUUCUCCUGGCCAAAGCGAACGCCUUCAGCGUUUCCCAUAUUCGAGCACGGGUUGAGAAGGUUCUGCAUGUCUUCCGCAGUGUUCGUAAUCGAGGUGAUGUCGUCUGCAAAGGCUAGGGUCGUUACACACGUGUUCUCUCUGCUUCCGUCUGUGUUCUUUUUUUUCUUCUUUUUUCUUUUUUUGCGUGUGUUAGGUACAUCCCUUUCUUGGUAGAGUCCAGUUCGACAAGGACGUCGUUAAUGAAAAUAUUAAAUAGUGUUAGGGUUCGUGGAGAACUUUUUGAACUUGUCUACUUCCCAGCAAAAGCGUGCGUAGCAGGCCAGAAAACUACAGAAUGUGCAUAUGUUCCAGUAUGGGGAUUCCAGUCGGCCUUUGUCAUUUUUGUCACUGCGGUUCUGUGUGUCAAACAAAAUAUACCAAGAGCUAAGGUCAAUGUUCAGUGUUGUAACAGUUUUUUUUUUCUCAUCAGUACUAUAACGAUGUCUCACUUAUUUAUAGAAUGGUUUUUGUACUAGCAGUUCUAUCUUACCUCUUAAAAUCCAGUUAUUAUAUUCUACGCGCGCUAAACACAAGUUGUAUCGAAUGUAUGAAUAUGUGGAAUGCGAGGAAUAUAUGAAUGCAUGAAUAUAUGUAUGACAUGAGUGUUAUGUGUGAGUUUCAAACUUUCAUCUCAUAUCAUCUGACCGCUUGACUUUUGUCUCUCACAUACGUGAUAUACCUGCCACUGGAACCAAAAACUAUUUUGUAUGUGGUUCCUACAUAACCGGUAGCAUCCCACACAAAGUCAACACCAUCCACACAGGUGCGAUCACCUUGUAACAUACUUUAGCACCUUUUAACGAAUGCCUGCACAGGAGACGAAUCAAAUCUCGAACCUCUCUCAGACUCGCACGACGUGAAACCACCGUUGGUAUACGACACACAAAUUAGAGCGAAGGGCUUCAGUAGCUAUUGGACUAUUCUGCCCUGAUGCGGUGUUGCACACUUGUACAUUUGGAUUGCCAAGACCAGUGUAGACAGGAAUUUUGACUAGUUUUUAUUUUGUUAAAUUCUUGUUGUCCCGAUCUAAGAUAAAAAGGAAGAGGGAAAGACAGCUAUAUAGGUGACGAACAAAUAUUUGAUCGAGAACAGCAAAAGACCAAAACAAAAUCUGGCUUGCAACAAAGGAAUGACUUGGCAGUGUUUCCCUUGGAAAGCACGCAGGAGAUUUUCUUUUCAGAACUUCGCGACUUCUACGUUUCGCAGUGCAGAAGCUUUUGUCAAGUUUCACACCUUUUGAGCGUUCUAAGUAGCGCAUUUCAACACCUUCGCAAUAUGUGAGGCACUGACAGCGGCAUUUCAUCCAGGAACACUGCGAAGCACGCGUAGAAAAGCCUGCGCCUGCCGCGCCGGAUAGUGCCGUAUCCCAACUAGAGCUCCGCCGCAGCGCCACCUACAGUUCGAUCUCGAGGCGAGAGCUUUCAUCACAAUGUGUACAGUUAUUUAUAUUAUGUUUUGUUGUGUAUUAGGUACUGAAGCCAGUAGUUGUAUAUUAUUCGCAUUCUUUAUGUGGACUGUGUAUCAAUGUACCUUGUGCUAGUAAUUCUUUGUUUCUCAUGUUAAUUUAGUGUCUUACGCGCGGGAUGCGCCUAGCACGGUAUUUGCUCUAUUUUUCUGUGUAUAUUCCAUGACUGCAUCAGAGGCGAGGCGUAGCACUGUUACCUUAUAUUCUGUAAUGUAUGUGAGUAUGAAUAAAAAAUUCUGACUA